AUGUUCCAGAUGAUUGCUGGGGCAGUGAUGCUGACAGAUUCCGUUUAUUGGAUAGUGAUGGCUCCAUUCCUUACGGUCGUAGGUUAUGAAAUGGGUUUUUUGACCGUUGUUGCACAUUCACUUAAUCUUGUUUUGCUCCUUGGGGACACAGCCUUGAAUAGCUUGGACUUCCCUUGGUUUCGAAUUUCAUACUUUCUAUUAUUGACUAGUUUCUACGUGCUUUUUGAGUGGAUUAUUCAUGCCUUUGUUGUGACUUGGUGGUCAUACCCAUUUCUUGACUUAUCAGUAGAAUAUGCUCCAUUGUGGUAUUUGAUCGUUGCAUUAUUGCAUCUUCCAUGUUACACCAUCUUUUUGCUUGUUGUUAAAUUUAAAUAUCACAUAUUGUCUCGAUGGUUUCCUGAUUCUUUUCAAUCUUUAAGAUGAUUGUUUAAUGUUGAAGAGCAUAUUGUUUUUGUAUAUGACUCUAGUAUUCUUUUUCUAUGAAUCAUACAAAAUAAAGCAUUUUUUAUAACUUUUAAUCAUCA